AUUUCAUAACACUGUGCGUUUGGUUAUGUUCAACGAGUCCUCCAUUGCACACUAGAAAAAGGGACGUAAAAGCAGAGAAAAACACUUCAUUUGGCAUUUUGUCUGCAAAAUUCGGGCCCCCCACUUGCAAAUUUCAAACAGUUUUUAGUUAGGUGAUAAUGAGUCCAUUAAUUACUGCAACUAAACUUCUGACUAUUGGAUGGCAGAGGCCUGCUGUUAUAGUGUACCAUACCUCCAUAUUAAAUCAUUAUGUAUUGUAUAGCUCGGUGAUAGCUGUACCAUAUUUUUCUGUUUAUUUCUUUUUCUUGGAGUUUGGUCUAAUCCACAGAAGUUCUCAUGGCUCAAACCCUCAGUGAUUCUUCCAACAGGAAGACUUGGAGCCCUGAAGAAGAUUCCCUACUCAUUCAAUACAUCAGAACUCAUGGAGAAGGCAAUUGGGCCUCUCUUCCUUUGAAAGCUGGUCUGAAACGCAGAGGGAAAAGCUGCAGACUUCGUUGGUUAAAUUAUCUCCAUCCAAACAUAAAGCGUGGAAACUUUUCAGGAGAUGAAGAUGAACUCAUCAUUAGACUGCAUCGACUUCUUGGAAAUAGAUGGGCACUGAUUGCAAAGAGAUUACCAGGUCGCACAGACAAUGAUGUGAAAAACUACUGGAAUACUCACUUGUGCAAGAAGUUGAGGGGCAACAAAAACCACCCAUCACAUCACCCACCCAGGAAACAAGUGGGUAAGAACUGCUAUUGGGACAGCACAGUUAAAGAUGAGGUGGAGAAGGGAAAUGUGGUUGGCAGUGGAGAGAGAACUACAAAAUGGGAGCCCUGUGAUAACCAGAGGCAGACUGUUAAUGAAACAGCAGGAAGCUUUUUUGACUUGUCUUGUGUUUAUAGGGAGGAAGAAGAAUCUUGUCAAGAAACAAAGCAGUACUUGCAGUCACAGGAGUUAGUCUUUAAAGACUGCUUUCACAGUGAUCUUUUGCUGUUAGAAAUGGAUUCAGAUAUGAAUAAUCUAGUCUACCAAGAUUGUAUUUCUCCAUUACUUUCAGCUGACAUCUAUGACUUGUGGGGAAAUCUCUAGGUUGAGAAAAUGUACUUAUUGUACAGUGGUUUUAGGCUCUGUUUUAGUCAAAUAUUUUGUUCAUCUUUUGUUCCCACAAGAGCUAUAGGCUUAUCAUCAUAUCUUGCUAUUAUCCAAGCUUGAUAAUGAUGUGAACCUCUUUUCACAUUUGUUUUAAUAUUCAUCUAUAAUGGCAACUUCGCCAUUUCCUUCAGUUUGUAGAACAUGUCAUUCCACGUUGAUAUAUAUGUAUAUAAAAUAUAGCUCAAGGAUUAGUAGCCACAACUUUAAAUGCCUAUUGAAUGUGGAAAGUAGUGUGAACCCUAAGACAAUGUCAGGAGGGGCAGGCCACAUAACAUCUUGUUUAAAAACAUGGCUGUGGCUAUUCUUUUUUCAAAACGGACUUUUCCUACAGCGUGAUAGCAACGUGUUAGUUAAUCGCAGCUGUUUAUUGCAAAAUCAAUGAUGUAAAACGUACAAUUUGGAGCCAGAAUAGACGCGUCCCAAAAACAUGGUCUAGUUUUCGUAGUUUUAUAAAUGAAAGAGAAACAAGCAGUUAAUCUCAUG